AUGCCUCCGCUCGCCCAGGAAUCGGCGCGCUUCAAGAGACCGCCUCGCGAUGCGUCCCUGCCGCGGCCGUCGCGUCCGUCGCUGCCGGACGGCUUCGAGUCGGACGACGGUGCGAGGAGCGACGGCGGCGCGAGAAGCGACGUGGACGCGUGGAGCGACAGUGACGUGAGGAGCGACGACGAGCGGUGGGCGGAGGGCCUGCUGGACAUCAGCAGCGGGGUGGACGACGCAUCGCCGCCCGCCUCGAUUUCCACCGCCAGCCAAUCUACCAAGUUCCGCUGCAUGCAGUGCGGCAGCUCCGCGCAUCCCUCGUGGCUCUGCGAUGCCCCUCCGCCAGCCGCUCGCUGCGCGCAAUGCUCCGCAAAGGAGAAGGGUAAGCGCCCGUUGCCGUGCCCGGACGUCGCCACCGCUCUGAACCGCAUCGCGUCGUGCCGUGCGACGGCGGACGUCGCCGGCAUGCACGCUGCGAUCGAUGGCUUGCAGCGCGCCGGCCAUCGCCCGCCGCUGGAGGCGUUUUCGCAGGUGAUUGCGACGCAUGCGACGCUGGGGGAGCCAGAAAAGGCGGAAGCGGUAUUGGCGGAGAUGGAAGCGGCGGGGGUGGCGGCGGACCCGGUGUGCUACAACGCCGUGGUCAACGCGUUCUGCUCCCGCGCGCGCGUGGACGAGGCGCUCACUGUGCUGCGGCGCAUGCGGUUCAACGGGUGGGAGCCGACGGCCAGCACGUACAACACGCUCAUCAAAGGCUUCGGCGCCGCCAAGCGCCCGGAAGACGCCGCGAAAGUGGCGGAGAUGAUGGUGGGACGCGCGGGAGCAGCGGCGGGGCGGCGCAAGGGCGGACGGAGCUGGUCGCGGGAGAAGCCGCGGGGGACGGGGAGGGGCGGGGAGGAGAGGAGGGGCGGGGAGUUGCGGACGUACAACAUGUUGCUGAACGCGUGGUGCGAGCGCGGGGACGUGGAGCAGGCGCGCGCGGUGCUGCGCGAGAUGCGCGCAGCGGGUGUGGCGCCGGACGCGGUGUCGUACAACACGCUGAUGAAGGCGUACGGGCGGCUGGGGCGCCCCAACGACUGCGAGCGCGUGCUGCGCGAAAUGGUGAACGCGCUGGUGCGCCCCAACGCGCGCACGUUCGGCAUGAUGGUGCGCGCGCUGUGCGACGUUGGGCGCAUGGCGGACGCGGAGGUGGUGGCGGAGCGCAUGCGCGAGUGGGACGUGGCGCCGAACGCCACCAUCUUCAACACCAUUGUGAAGGGGUACUGCCAGGCCGGCCAGCCGCUCCCCGCCGCGCAGGUGAGACUUUGGGGCGGAGACAGCUGCGGGGCUUUGGCACUCCUCACUUCCACCCAUGUUCCCCGCGCGCACAACACCCCACUCACCACCAUUCCCCGCAUUUCUCCCCACUCACUGCCGACCCCGCGCAACCCCCCCACCGCGCUCGGCACCCACCAGGUGCUGCAGAAGAUGCGGGUGGCGGGCGUGCCCCCCGACCUGGCGUCGUACUGCACGCUCAUGAACGCGUGGAGCACCGCCGCGCGCCCCGACCGCGCGCGCGCCGUGCUGCAGGAGGCCAUGGCGGCGGGGCUGGCGCCGGACGUGGAGGCGUUCUCGGUGCUCGCCAAGGGGUACCUGCGCGCAAGGCAGGGGGACGCGGCGGAACGUCUCCUGGACGAGAUGCGCGCGCAGCACGGGGUGGCGCCGAACGUGGUGACGUACACGACGGUGAUGGGCGCGUACUGCAGCAUGGGCGCGCGCAUGGACUCCGCCAUGGCUGUGUACGAGCGCAUGGUGGGCGCGGGCGUGCGCCCCAACGCGUUCACCUUCCGCACGCUCAUCUGGGGCUUCUGUGAGGCGCGUCUGCCCCACCGCGCGGAGGCCGUGCUGCGCCUGAUGGAGGCGGAGGGGGGGGAGCUGGACGCGCGGUGCUACGAGCAGACGAGCCUGGCGUGGCAGUCCGUGGGGCUCUGGCGCGACGCCCAGCGCAUUGCUGCUGAGAAGCGCGACAAGUGUGGCGCACAGGGGGGAGGGGCGCGGAAGCUGAGCAAGCGCGAGGAGAGGGGCAGGCGGGUGCGGGCGGAAGGGGGUGGGACAGGGGUAGGGGCGACUAGAAGAGGGGGAGGGAACAGGGCGGAUGUGGGAGAUGGCAGUGCGGGGCAGACUGGUAAUGGGGCGAGUCAUGGCAGCAGCAGCAGUGAGAGCAUGAGAGGCAGUGACGAGAGUGAUGGUGAGAGCAGCAGCGGUGGUGGUGAGAGGUUUGGCGUGGAGAACAACAGCAGGGUUGAGGGUGCAGAGGGGGGGGGCGAGGGUAGCAGCCCUGCAGCAGCACAGGAGGCAGAGGCAGAGGGGAAGGUGGCAGUGAGGGCGAGAGGGGGCGAUAGGGGGGGCAGCAUUGGAUCAGGGGUGGUAAAUGGCAGGGAUUCAAGGGGGGUGAGAGGCAGUGGGAGGGGCGGUGGGAGAAGCAGUGGGACCCGAAUAUGGCAAAGACCAAAGUCCCUCCCUGUCCCUCAAGGGGAGGUGGCAACUGGUGCAGGUGCCACCCAGUCCGAGGCCCUGAGGUCCCCUUCAGCCGCCUUGCUGCCCUGCGCCGCUGCUGCUCUCCACCUGCGCUCCCCCCUCCCCCUGUCACGCCCACACCGCCUGCCAUGGCAGCACUGCCAUUCGCCACACGCCCCCCUCUCCGCUCUCACCUGGGCUGCAGCUUUCGCACCACACCGCGCUCCACUUCUUGCCCUCCCCCUCUCUCUCACCACGCUUCUCUCCCGCCCCUCUCCCACCACUGCCCGCUGCAAGCACGCCAUGUGUGUGCAGCCUGCAUUGCAGUGGCUGCGGGUUGGCAGUGCCGCUUCCAGGCCCCCGUUCGGGAGGGGCGAGGCUUUGCGAGAUGCUGGCGCUGGCGCGCGGAACAGCAACCAGGAGUCCGCCAUUCGGCGCUUGAAAUGGCCACCCGCGGAUGAUGGCGGCCUGCGCGGAAAGCUGAGUGCCGCGGCUAUGCCCCGCCGCUCACUGCUCUCGUUCAAGCGCCAAACUCUGCGCCCCGGAAUGCCGCUCAGCGGACCUCCGCCGAUCGCUCUCCGCGGCACCAGCAGCCAACGGCAAGGGCGCGCGCCCCCCGUGGUGGCGCUUGCAGGCAGCAAGUGGCGGCGCAGCGACCAGCCCCCCGUGCGGCUUCCGCCCGUGCUGAGCCCGUCCGCGUCCGCGCUGCUGCGCCAGCUGCGCCAGCAGAAGCUCCGCCGACAAAGAUGGGCGGCGCUGGAGGCGGCUAGCGCGGGGGGAGACGGAGGCGGAGGGCGGAAGGGCGCGGAGGAGGAUGUGGCGGCGGUGCUGCGGGAGCUGCGGCGCAGGGAGGAGUGGCAAGUGGUGGCGCAUGUGUACGAGUGGGUGGUGGCGCGCGAGGGGUGGCGCGCGGACGUGUCGGGGUACAAUCUGCUCAUGGACGCGUACGCGCGCUCAGGCGCCGCCCCCACUGCUCUGCGCGUCUUCCGCCUCAUGCAGCAAGGGCGCGUGCGCUUCUCCCUCCCACAGACGCGCGGACGGGAGAGGGCGGCGGGGGGAAGAGAGAGAGAUGCAGGGGAGGAAGGCGAGGGAGCAAGGGGAAGAGAGGGUAGAGGGUCGCGGGGAAAGGGGAGGGAGGAGGAGGAGGGGGACGGGGAGGAAUGGGAAGAAGAGGAGGGGGAAAGGGGGGAAGUGGGGGAGGAGGAGGUGGAGAUGUGGGUGGAGGAGGGCGUGGGCGUGUGUGUGCCCAGUGAGGCCUCAUUCAACGUGGUGCUGGGCGGCCUGUGUCGUCAGGGCCUGCUGCCGCCCGCUGAAGAGCUCUUUCAGGAGAUGCUUCACCGCGGCUACCGCCCCAGUGAGUGCUGCCGCCCCAGUGAGUGCUGCCGCCCCAGUGAGUGCUACCGCCCCAGUGAGUGCUGCCGCCCCAGUGAGUGCUACCGCCCCAGUGAGUGCUGCCGCCCCAGUGAGUGCUGCCGCCCCAGUGAGUGCUGCCGCCCAGUGAGUGCUACCGCCCCAGUGAGUGCUGCCGCCCCAGUGAGUGCUACCGCCCCAGUGAGUGCUGCCGCCCCAGUGAGUGCUACCGCCCCAGUGAGUGCUGCCGCCCCAGUGAGUGCUACCGCCCCAGUGAGUGCUGCCGCCCCAGUGAGUGCUACCGCCCCAGUGAGUGCUACCGCCCCAGUGAGUGCUGCCGCCCCAGUGAGUGCUGCCGCCCCAGUGAGUGCUGCCGCCCCAGUGAGUGCUGCCGCCCCAGUGAGUGCUACCGCCCCAGUGAGUGCUGCCGCCCCAGUGAGUGCUGCCGCCCCAGUGAGUGCUGCCGCCCCAGUGAGUGCUACCGCCCCAGUGAGUGCUGCCGCCCCAGUGAGUGCUACCGCCCCAGUGAGUACUGCCGCCCCAGUGAGUGCUACCGCCCCAGUGAGUGCUGCCGCCCCAGUGAGUGCUACCGCCCCAGUGAGUGCUGCCGCCCCAGUGAGUGCUACCGCCCCAGUGAGUGCUACCGCCCCAGUGAGUGCUGCCGCCCCAGUGAGUGCUGCCGCCCCAGUGAGUGCUGCGCUGCCGCCCCAUGCUACCGCCCCAGUGAGUGCUACCGCCCCAGUGAGUGCUACCGCCCCAGUGAGUGCUGCUGCCCCAGUGAGUGCUGCCGCCCCAGUGAGUGCUGCCGCCCCAGUGAGUGCUACCGCCCCAGUGAGUGCUGCCGCCCCAGUGAGUCUGGUGACGUACAACACGAUGGUGGAGGUGAGGGGGAGGGCGGGGGACGUGGAGGGCGCGGAGGGGCUCAUGCGCGCCAUGCGGGGGGAGGGCGUGCGCCCCACUGCCGCCUCCUACGCGCUGCUCAUGCACGCCUAUGGCAAGGCGGGCCUGCCCCAGCGGGCGGAGGAGGUGUUUGCAGGGCUGCACGGGGCGGCCGUGCUGCCCACGGUGCCAUGUUUCACGGCGCUGAUAGCUGCGCAUGCACGCGUGGGGCAGUGGCGGGAGGCACAGCGUGCGUACGACAGCAUCGCCCUCAUGGGGCUGCGCCCUGAUAUGCACUCCACCACCGCCCUCCUGCACGCCCUCUGCACGGCGGGCGAGGUGGCGCGAGCGCGGGGAGUGCUGGAGGCCAUGCAGCGCACCACUGGUGCCGCCCCGCCGCCCUCCUGUGUCACCCCGCUGCUCGCCGCCCUGGCACGGCAGGGACUGUGGGCAGAGGCGGAGGAGGUGUAUGCAUCACUGGCACCAGCAGGCUCACCCCCCCCAGUGCGGUGGCAGCACGAGCUGCUGCGCGCCUACGAGCGGGCAGGGCUGCCGGAGAAAGUGCAGGCACACCUGGCGCUGCUGCGCGGGUGGAAAGGGGGCGAUGGGGGGCGCAGCCAGGAGGGGGAGGGGAGGGACGAUGUGGGGGAAGAGAGGAGACGUGGGAGAGGGAGUGGGAGGGGUGGUGGAGGGAGGGCGCGGGGGCGGGUGGACAGGACAAUGCUCAACUGCCUGGCAGGGGCACAUGGGCACGCGGGGGACAGGGCAGCCAUGCAGCGAGUGCUGGCGCGCAUGCAUGGGGGCGAGGGGGCGGCAUGGCAUGUGAGCUCAUACAACACCGUGCUUGCCGUGCUCGUGCAUGCCGCUGACAUGGCGGGUGCUGAGAGGCUCAUGGAUGACAUGCGGGCAGGCGGGGUGGCUCCUGAUGCCGCUACGUGGACCACCCUCAUGGGCGGGUACGCGGAGAAGAAGCUUCUGAGAAAGUGCACGAGUGUGUUCAGGAAGAUGGUGGCAGCGGGGGUGCGUUGGGAUGCGGGGGCGGUGCGGGUGAUGCUGGCGGCGUGUCGCAGUGCGGAGCAGCAGGAGGAGGUGAGGCAGCUCGUGGAGAGUGUGGUUAGGAAGAGGACCAAGCGCUCCCUGCCCUCCUCCCCCUUCUGUCUUUCCCCUCGUCGUCCGCCCUUCCCGAUUCGUCUGCUCGCGCCACGCGCGUCCCGCGCAUUCCCUCGCCCGCCCGCUGCUCUUCCCGCUGAUUCCGUCCCUUCCGCCGCCUCUCCGCCCUCGACACCGCAAGCCCCGCCCGAAUGGCGGAAACUGUGGGCGCAACUGGCGCGGAAGUGGGCCAUGCGGGGGCGGCGGUGGCGGUGGGGCGUGCUGGACGGGUACUUGGCGCGCAGCAUGGCGCGCCCGUUCGCGGUGGCGGCGGGCGUGGCGGCGAGCGUAGGCGUGGCGCUGGGGUCGCUGGCGGAGGUGGCGCGCGUGGCGGCCAACACGGGGGCGCCGCUCCGCCUGGCGCUGCUAGUCGCGCUGCACCACCUCCCGCGCUUCCUCGCGCUCGCGCUCCCCCCCGCCUGCCUCGCCGCCUCCCUCUUCGCCUUCUCCCACCUCCUGGUGCGCCCCCCGCCCCUUUGCACCCACACAAUUCCCUCCCCCACUUGCGCCCACAUACGCGCCUACCCCUUGCAUCCGCAUCCCUACCCCUCCCCCUGCAGCGUCGCUCGCAGGUGGCGCGGGGCUGAUGCCCCCCAGGCGCAGAGUGAGCUGGCGGGCAUGGCGGCGGGGGGGGUGGCGUGGGGCAGGCUGCUGCGCGCGCCAGUGUGUGUGGGCGUGGGGGCAGGCGUGCUGAUGCUCGCAUGCCAUGAGCACGUGGUGCCAUGGGCCAUGGGCAGGGCGCAGCGCAUGGUGGAGGCGGCGGUGACAUCGGACAUGGCAUCGCUGCCAUCACAGCAGCAUGUGUUGCUGCGCGAAUAUGGUGCGCAUGCGCAGCACCACCAUGACCCCCUCGCACUCCUCCUCGCCCAUCUUCACCCCUCCUCACCACACACCACCAUCGCCUCUCCUCCCGCCAGCAGUGCAGGGGGGGCAGUGCCGGCAGCAGGCAAUGGGGGGGAGGGAGGGGGAGGGGGGGCGGGGCUGUGGCGAGUGUGGUAUUCGGGGGAGGUGGGGGGUGGUGCCAUGCGGCGUGUCAUGCUGCUGCACCUCGCGCCUCAGGGGCACGUGCAGGCAGUAGGUCCUUCUUCCUUCUUCCCCUUCUUGUCUCUCCCACCUGUCCUGUGUGCCGUGCGCUGUGAGCAGGUGGUGGCAGCAGAGCGGUGUGAGUGGCAGCCACUCUCGCGCACGUGGCGCCUCCUCAACUGCUGCCUGCUGCCGCUCGCCCCACCCGCCUGCCUGCCUCCCACCGCACACACCAUGGCACCACCAUCGCCGCAACCACCUGCUGAACCGCUCUCCACCGCACCAGCCUCACAUGGCCCCGCUACAGCACCAGCCUCCUUCUCUCUGCUCCAGCUGGAGUCACUGGACGUGCCACUCGCCUCUGCGCUGCCCUCCUCCUCGCCCCUCGCCGCCCACGCCGCCCUGCCGCCCGCCUGUCUCCCCCGCCACCUCCUCACAGCGCGCACCAGGCACCUGCGCGCGCAGCUCGCAUGGCUUCAGCGCCAGGCACCCCGCAAGGGGCCGAGGUGGGGGGGAAGGGAUGAGCGGGCGGUGGCGGAGCAGCGGAGGCGGGUGGGGGAGCAGCGCAGGAGGGUGGGGGAGCAGCGGAGGAGGGUGGCGGAGGCGGAGAGUGACUUGGUGCUGCGCGAUGCCAGCUGUGCCUCCUGUGUGGCGUAUGCUGUGCUGGGGGCGGUGGCAGUGCUGGUGACAGCGGCCCCUGCCAGCAAGCGGUUCAGCUGGAUGGGGGGCCAGCGCACGGCAAGCAGAGGGGCGCCCUUCCAGCUGGGGUUGCCCCUUGCUGCCGCCUUCCACCUGCUCUCCGCCACCCUCGCUGCUGCCGCCCGCUCUGCCCUCCUGCCCCCUCUCCUCGCUGCGUACCUGCCCCUCCUGCUCGUGCUGCUGCUGGGCUCACAUGGGGCCAGUGGGGAGGCAGAGGCAGGGGUGAGGGCGAAGGAGCGAGGUGCAGAGGGAGCGGGGGAUGGGGAGGAGGCACUGUGA